CCAGCGAUUAUUUUCACUCAACUGUAGUGGGGAGUAUUGACCCUUGGUUGUUCUGCUCAGCGAAUCGCCAGGAAAUCUUAUCGUCAGCUGAGCCCGUUACCUUUUCGAUUGCGAAUUACGUUCGUAUGGGUAGUUAUACUUUUGCCAACGAUAAGAGAACACCGUGUCGGUGGGAAAAGCGACAAACGGUAUCGGUGUACGCACGGUCUACAUGUACAGAGUGACGUGAAUCGACGCUUAUAAAUGGAUAUAAAAAGGCUGGGAAAUGUUGCGAAUGAGCGUCAGAAUACGCGGGUAUACCGCGUAUAGGUGUGAUAAGGGUGCCGGGAUGAAGAGGGUGAGACCUUGAAGAGACCCGAGCGACGAAUGAAAGAGGAGGUGAGGAAAAAAAAAGGAAAAGACGAAGGCGCAGCCGGCGAAAGUAGGGGAGCAGAAGCUCUUCUCCUCCCUCUGCAACAAGUGUUCGCAAUCAAUAUCCCCCGCAAACACACGUCGACGUCGACCGCCGUGCGACACUAUGCUGUAAUAAGGUGGAGGUCGAUUUCUGGAUUUCGAAGGGUGGGACUCCGUAAUCGUAUAGUCUGUUAUUGUACGUAUACAUCAGCACACCGUGUAUAAGUACAAAUGUGUUAGGGUGUCGCAAUAUAAAUCGAUGAUUUUAAUUCUCACGCUAUUGCAGGCACAUCGAUUUUAUACGGGUAAAAAAUUCAAGACCCGCCCGAAUGUGCACUGGACAAACAAAUAUUUUCUAUCUCAGUUCGAAGUAUCGACGAACAUCAAAGGGACGUAUCAAAGUCCUAGUUACAGAUGCAGCGAAUUAUCAUCUUCGAUAUUUUUUUUUACUCUUCUUUUAUUUUAAUUGAGGGAGAACUGAGGGGAGGGAGGAAGUCAUCAAUCUUUUAGUGCGACACCCUAGUUAGUAGGUAUUUUGUACACAGAUGUGGCGGUUCUUUGACCCUAUGACCUUGUUAGAUUGGUUCAUCGGUUGAUUCUGUAAGGCGCGAAUCGUGUCGAUUGCCGGUUAUCCUCAACGCUACGUGCAUACGUAAAUAAAAUGCACAUGUACAGUAGAUUUCUGCAUGAUGAUUUUAAGCGAAAUUGCAUAUGGAAUAGCCCAACGGGUCGCACUUAUGCUAAUUCUGAUUCUCAGGCUUGUAUGAAACUCCGCCGUGGUAAUCAUAAACCUCACCGAUGAGACUCUUUAAUAAUAUACAGAGAGUUAUCAAUCAGGAGGGCCUGCGGAAUGGCGCACGCUAGCCAUUAUCUUUACCAUAUAACAUUAACGGCGCAGGCGUCGAGGAUGAAAUUAUUUUUACACCGAGUAGAGCCCAGUUGAUGUCCAUAUUGCAGAUAUCUUGCCGUGAGAAUCCUGCGGUAAGAAGAACUCGACCGCAAGCCGAAGUAACUGCGGCGUGGAUAUAUUCUAGUAUCCAACAUCAUUUCCAUUUCUCCUGGUCGUGCAACGUUACAUAAUUUUCCAGUGUAAAAUAACGUACAACAAAUAAUUUACACGGCCAAAUCAUCGACUCGAGUUGCCCCGGCGUAAUUCUUCUAAUUUGCAUCAAGCGCGUUAUCGCGGGUCGACUUGGUCGUUCGCCGCGAUUUCUUGUGCAGCCAGAGGUCCUGAACUCGUAUCGUCGGUAGCGCGAGUGCCGUCUACGUCAUCGUCGUCCUUUUCGUCGUUUUUGUCGGCGUGUAGAACGUUUAUAAAGACUGAGAACGUAGGCGAUCGGGGAACGCGCAAGGCGCGCGUGUCUCGUCUGAUCGAUUUGAAAUUCGACGCAAAAGGUUCUUCUUGGGGUUGCGCGAACGGAGACGACCACCAUUCAGAAAUGGUCAGAGCACCACGUACUAACUACUAGUCCAGCAACGCGUGGGGCCAUGCAACAAUGAGACACUGAGGACCUCGUCACGCCCAGAGCAAAUUUUUGAAACCGGUUCAUUUCUCGUGCGUAACUCCGAGGGAAGAGGGAAGAGUUCGCCCGGUUUCCCGGUGAAAAAUUGAUGAGAUUCGGAAGAACGGUGGAGAUGUGAUACGAGGUCCGAUUCGGAGGAACAUCUAUGGGCCGCAAAAAGUGGUGGCGCGGAGGCUUGGAGCUGCUGCUGCUGCUCUGCGUGUGUUCUCACGGCAUUUUGAGUGACGGUGACGUUGGUUGUUUAUUCAGCGAAAAUCUUUGCCAACCGGAUAUCGAAUUUUGUUAUAAUGAUUUGGCGUUCGGACGUUGUUUGCAGAAAUACGGUAACGUGGAAGAUGAUGACCUAUACAAGUACGAUCUCAGACCACACCAGUUGCAACCUUUGCGGAUGCAACUGGAGAGAUUGGCGAUUGAAGGAUACAAGUGGCCACAUCCGUACACCCAAUGCAUAAUUCAGAGGUCCUUGUACGCUCUACGCUUCAGAACUGUGAAAAACGAUGAAUUUUGUCAUCGGCUAAAAGAAAAAAAGAGGCAUGAGUUUGUUGACGAUGAUGACGAUGGCGACAAUAGCGAUGAUGUUGGAAUCGAUGGAGGAAACGACGUGCAUUCUCAAAAAAUAGCAAUAGUGAAGUUUACACCGAGUGAAGAAGACCCGCAUGGAAAUUUUGCAGAUGAAUUGUAUUACCCACCCGGAGUGGAGAAGGAGAUGCCAAGUUUUUUCAACGAAGAUAUGGCUUACUCUAAUAUCCCCCGCUUGGUGGAGAGUAAAAAGUAUGAUUACCAACGAGACGAUGCCAGAAACAAUGCAUGGGUAAAUUUUGGAUCGCAAGGUUCGCUGAACGAUCUGCCCGUGAAAAACAACUUUGUCAAUCCCGCGAGAACGUUGAAUAAAAAAUCUCUGCUCCUAAAUUCCCUCGAAGAUGAUCUCUUCAGAGUAGACCAUUACCCCAGCCAGAACUUACAGUCGAACCUGCAGAGGAAUUACAUUCAUUCGACGAAUCGUGAUAUGGUUGAAGACGAUGGCGUUCACUUUGAAAGACAAGUUAAGAGUGCAAAGCAAAUACCGGACGAUGCCCUGGAAUUUUUAACGGAUCAGCUGCUCGAGAAUAUCCCUAAUCUCAAAGAUCGGGGGCCCGUUGACGAGGAUCUGAACGAAAAUUAUGAACGCGAAUUCUCCAAAAAGUACAAAUACCCCAAUGAAUUUGGGAGAUUGGAGCUACCCAAGCAGCAAACCGGCUCGUGGAUUGGUCCGAGGAUCCGAUAUCCAGGAAUUCAGCUAUAUUCUCCAGCAAGGGAAGAUAACAACUUCGGUAUCGAUCGGCAGGAUUUGGAGGAUAUUUUAGAGCUACAGCUCGCCAAUAAACCUUUGAGUGACAAGGCUUCACGACCAAGCGGGAUGUACACCGAAGGUGGACUGGUUAAUCCUUUGAAACACAACAUUUUGAAGCCAGCAACCUCUGAAGACAAGGUUUUCAACGAGGACGACGACGGAGACGAUGGUUUUGCCAAUCAUUUGGAUGCUUUGCUGUUGCGGCGUGAACUCGCGGGCUUCAAAAGGCGUGAGAGAUUGGAUGUUAAAAAACCGGGUCCACCGUUCUCAACGAACAGUUACGCCUUUAAAGCACAUCCCUCGCAAAAUACAGUCAACCUCGAUGACAACGAAGAAGAGAAGCAUGAGAAGGAGCCUCUGAAUCUGCCUCUCGUCAAGAAAGAGCUGAAGAAUUCGUACAAUAAUGUUGAUAUGGAUCACGUGUACAUACAGUUCAAAGGGCAAAUCCACACGUGGGGCGAAGGUGAACAUAUCAUCAACGAGGUUGGCAGGUUGCUUGGGCUCGAGCCAGAGACAUUGAUCGAUAUACGCGUCGAACGGGCCGAAGUUACGUUCAAAGUGAAGCCGGACAACAACAAGGGAUACAACGCGACAGAUGUUGCGAACAAAAUUGACGGAAUACGCGGUGAACUAAAGGACACUCUCAAUGUUGAAGUUCUGAGAGCUGGUAUCGGAGACAAGGCAAAAUUACCUGCUAUUUUAGAAAUUGAAACCGCGCCAGAGUUGAGCACCAGUACCUUCAACUUACUGCUGGCAGCGGGUUUGAUUGCCGCAGGUGCUGCGGCCGCUGUGACUCUGUUCAUUGCAAGACGUCAUGCCAAAUCCAGAUCAAAGCUCGCUGGUCUCGCUACUCCUGAUCCGGAAGCUUCCAAAGACUAUCAGGAACUCUGUCGAGCGAGAAUGCAGGCAAAGCAACCGACUGAAAAACCGGAUUCACCUCGGAUCGUUAAUUUAUCACGCGAGAGCGAAUCCAACAAUUCACCCUCGAGUCGCUCCAGCACCUCGUCGUGGAGCGAGGAACCUGCGCUUUCUAACAUGGACAUCUCAACUGGACAUAUGGUUCUGUCGUACAUGGAAGAUCAUCUGAAAAAUAAGGAUCGCUUGGAUCAGGAAUGGACCGCGUUGUGCGCUUACGAAGCAGAACCGUCAUCAACGGCGAUUGCAGAGGGUCAAGAUAAUAUCAAGAAGAACCGCCCAGGGGCGACGCUUCCCUACGACCACUCCAGAGUUGUUUUGAACGAAUUGGCCAACAUAAACAGUUCCGACUACAUCAACGCAUCAACAAUCAAACCGACUGACCACGAUCCCCGGAAUCCGGCUUAUAUCGCGACGCAAGGACCUCUCCCUCAGACAGCGGCAGAUUUUUGGCAGUUGGUUUGGGAGCAGGGAAGCGUAGUAAUAGUGAUGUUGACCAGAUUGACAGAAGAAGGGCAUGCCAUGUGUCAUCGUUAUUGGCCCGAGGAAGGUUCCGAACUCUAUCAUAUCUACGAAGUGCAUCUAGUGUCGGAGCAUAUUUGGUGCGACGACUAUCUCGUGCGCUCAUUUUAUCUGAAGAAUUUACGAACUGGCGAAACGAGAACCGUAACUCAGUUCCAUUUCCUUUCCUGGCCGGAAAAUGGUGUACCGCAUUCAACGAAAGCUUUACUCGAAUUCCGCAGAAAAGUGAACAAAUCAUACAGAGGAAGAUCUUGCCCGAUAGCGGUACAUUGCAGUGACGGAGCUGGGCGCACAGGGACAUAUUGCUUGAUCGAUAUGGUUCUAAAUCGCAUGGCAAAAGGUGCCAAGGAAAUCGAUAUCGCUGCAACUUUGGAACACAUUCGCGAUCAACGACCCGGAAUGGUGGCAACGAAGCAACAGUUUGAGUUCGUUCUCAUGGCCGUUGCUGAAGAGGUUCACGCGAUUUUGAAAGCACUACCUAUUCCGCCUGCUGAAAAAUCACCAGCUGCGACAACAAGCACAACUUCUCCACCGGCCAAACCUGAACAGUAAAGACAAAAAUAAGUAUGUAUUUCAACUUAAAAAAUACUAGUAAAAAUGGUUUAUCAUUUGGAUAUUACUACGAACAUUUGUCUGUACGAUAAUAGAUCAGAGUUAUACUCGCACUGAUAAUAUAUUUUAGGUAUUUAUAACGAUGUAAAGCCAGAUAUAUUCAAUUCUCCGUUCAAUAUCAAUCACGUUCCAAUCAUAAGAGUCUAUAUCUAUCUGAUAAUAUCGAGUGGUCCAGUCAUUUUUGUUUCAGCCUCACCGCGCUCGCUCAGUGUAAUCAGAGUUUGAAAGAUACCCGAAACUACGUGCGUAAUGAAAAGAGAGAAUUUAUUCAUAAAUUGUUAGCGACGUUCUAAAAGCGUGUUGUUUUCUAAUUUGUGUGAUCAACACCGCAUCGAUUUCAGUAAAAAAAAAAACUAAAUUCCGUUUCUCCAAACCAGGGUUUACCGGUACAUUUAUAGAGAAAAUCGCAGCUACUUCGCACGGCCUAGAUGUUAAGUAACCGAGUUGUGAGAUUUUAUCGUUUUUGGGGACUUAAAAUUUUUUUCAAUCACUUCAGAUCAGAAAUCCGAUGAAAAAAAAAACUCGGAAUCAGGGAAGCAUAAGAACUGAAAGAAUGCUGACAUCAAAGUAUUUCCCUGCUUGAUGUAGAAAAUUAUUAUUUCUCUCUGUGCGUCUGAAAUUGGUAGAUACAUAUACCAAUUGCGCAAAAAUAUCGCAUACUUUACUUUAGAUGAAUACGAUGGGAAAACAAUAUAUAUAAAAAGUGCUUAUACUGGUUGUUUGGCAUGAUUACUGAAUCUAAAAUAUGAUAAUAAAAGUCAAUGUAGCAGUAUGUACGGGAUAGAAUAUACGUAUAACUGAAUGUACUAAUAUUAUAUGAAAGUAUACUAAAAUCACUGAUAAUAUUUUAAUAUAUGAUACAGGAAUAUGAUAUACAUACAAAAAACAUAUAUAUAUAUAUAUAUAUGUAUAUAUAAACACAUAUAUAUACAUAUACAUUAUACAAACAAGAGAUGAAGGGGAAACCAUUGCAUGUGAGAAUCAAAGUGGCAAAGUAAUGAAAAUUGACCUGGUGAAGGUAAACGAUAUUAUCCAUGAAACUGAUCAUCGCGGGUGAGGAUGUUGCGAUGUGGGCCCCGUGGCCCCAGCCUCCCACGGGGUCGACUAGUUUCGUCGGAACCCGUGAUUUGAUGGUGUUGGCGCAGUACAUUUAUUUUUUGACCAAAUGAAAGUAAUGCGCUAAAAGUGAGAUACUAUAUGUUGCGCAUACUGUUCGCUAAGGAAAUCUUUGUCAUCGAAUUAUAAUUGGUAUUAUUUCUGACUGGUUGUUUCAUAUGAUGAAAUAUAUAUUUAUUGAUAAAUUAUUAAGUAUCUAUAACAAUGUUGUACGUAUAUCAAACUAAAUAUCAAUAAUAGUUCUCACUGUAUCUUCCCGCUAAAGAAGAGAUCUGAUUGCCUUCAUCGAGCUCUCGUGAAUUUCAUUCAGUUUUUAUUUUUACACAAAAUUCUUGCAUUUUGAAAAAUGAAUUAAUAUAUUUACAUCUAAAAAUACGUUCUUGAAAAUAAAGAACAUUCAUUGCUUGAUAACAGAUGCCAGUGGCUAUAUUUGAGUAUCGGAAUUAGGAACGUUACUUAUAUUUUUUUAUCAAAUGUUUAAUGAUCUAUUGUUAGUUUCAAUGCCUAGUUAUCCGGAUGUGAAUAAUUUUCUCAUCGAAUUUGGAUGAGUUAUUACAAAAUAUGUUAUACAUUCGUUACUCAACUUGUAACAACGCUUUCAAAAAGGUCAACCAAUAAACAGGUCCAGAUCAAUAUCAAUGACGUACCUCAAACCAAAUUGCAAACUUCGCUUGACUACAAGUUGCAUUUGAUUAGCCUCUUUUAGCGACAACUUACAGAAUAGAUUCUAUAUUUUUGUGUAAAAUGAGGAAUGAUGUAUCUAUAUAAAUAAUAUAGUUAUAAAAGUCUAUACUAUGUUAUUCGAGAAUAUAAUAAUAUAUGUUGUAAAUGAAUAAAUCAAUCUAUGUUCAAAGGA